AGGGUUUCGACUUCCAGUGUGCAACUUCCGGAAGCGGCGUCUCCGAGGUAACGGCGAUGGCGGCCCGGGAGACCGAGCGUCUCUUUUCGCUGGAGUUACUCGUGGACUGGGUGCGCCUGGAGGCCGGAUCGCCUUUCGCAGGCGCCGGGGGCCCUGCCGUGGCUCUCUUCCUGCUGGACUUUCCCCCGCUGCUCGUCCACCCGCCCGCUACGCCCGUCCCCGCUCCCCAGCGUGGUGCCAUCGGCUUCGGGCGCGGCAAAGCCUGCCUGUUCCGUCUGCGCCCCGCCGCCCUGCGCUCGCUCCUGUUGCACGCCGCCUUGUUGCAGCUGCCUGCCGGCCGGGAGCCCACCCCGCGAUUGCUGGGGGCCUGCGACGUCCCUUUGGCCGUCGCCUCCCUGGAGGUCGCGGGCCGGCGAGGCACGUUCGCUCUGCUCAGCCCGACGGGAGAGCGCGUCGGGGACGUAGCGCUGUUCUACCGCCUGACCGAACUGGGCGGCAGCCAGCUGGGUUCCCCGGAGCCGCCUGCCCCUAGCGCCCCCGCGGCAGGGGCGGAGGGCACAGCGGGGAGCCAAGAAGCGCGGGGGGCGCCCCACAUCCUGCUGAAGGCGCGGAGGCCUGCGUCGGCCCCGGAGCUGCGCCCCAGGGACGGGCACCGGCCUGCGGGGGCCCCAGCGGCGCGGCAGGACCGUGGGAAGAGAGUUUUCCUCGGCGAGGCCAUCCCGGGUCCCUCAGAUUUUGUUAAGAGCCUCAGGAAGGACUGUGCUGCUGCUCGCUCAGCUGGCGUCCGCGGGAGGCCUGUGAGCCCUCCCAGUGAGGACGUCGCGGAGUUGGACUUUGAGACCAAUACCUUUUGCCCUCCUCCUCUCUAUUACACUCACUUGACCCAAGAAAAGAAGCCUCCUGCACGGGUUAAAAUCACAGUUGAGCCACACAUAAAUGUACCUGAGGAGUUAGAUGAUGCUUUUCCCAAAAACAGCCUUGUAAAUUCUCCAACGCAGCUGAGUCCUCUAAAAUACACAAAUUCGGCAGCAGAAGAGAGACCUACAGCUCUUGUAAGUCCUCCACAUAGUCAGGAUAAAGGAGCAAUUAAUCAAACUACAUUUUCUCCUCAAAAUGAGCAAAAUACAAUUAAUACAAUAAGGCAGUUGCCUUUGUUAAAUGCUUUGUUAAUUGAGUUAUCUUUGUUGUACAACCAACCCAUGGCAAGUCCUACUCAGAUACAUCCUCAUUUAGCCUGGUUGUAUAGAAGUCAGGAUAAGGUGUCAGAAUCUUAUGCCAAGUCCACUGAAUCUGAAUCUAAGCAUCAGCUUUCUGUGGGAGAGGAUAAAAAGUCAGUGAGUCUUCAGUGUAAAAAGAACGCAAUUGAAAGGCUUAAGAAAGAUAAGUACUCUGAAAAGAGCAGUGGAAAUUCCGAAACAAGAGUGACCAGGAGGAGACUACUUUAUGGUUUAACAAAUACUCUAAGACUACGCUUAAAGCAAACAAAUCCUGAUAUGUUAAUAGUACAGGAAAAGAGAGAACACUAUAGAAAAAUGCAAGCACAAAUGUUAGGUACUAAACGUAGAAUUACACCAUCAAAAGGUAAAAGUGUACUAAAUUUUGCAGAACAAAGUCAGCAGCCACAACUGCCUAAAAAUAAUUAUUUAGAUGAAGAUACAUCUCUUGUUGAAAAUAGUAAUACCUCGAAGCAAAUUGGUGAAGCUUUUGAUUCGCCAAGCACCACUAAGGAGACUAAAGCAAAACAAGGAACUGAACAAAAGACAAUUGAUUGUGGUCAAAAUAGAACCAGUAAUGGUUUAGUGGAGGGAAUUAUAAGUCCUGCAAAUUCCAUUAUUACAGACAGAUUUACUCACACAAAUACUUUAGGAGGAAAAUUAGAAAAGAGUGUCCAAAGUCUAUGUGUGUUUCAAAAGGAUGCUGCCGACAGAAGUUUAGAUAAAGAAAUAGGUGGCGAGCAGGUCAAAACUGCAGACGAGGAUGUUCUUGCUACUGAUAUGAGUGAAAGUAGGCCAAGUAGAAAUAGUUUCUGUGAAAGCAUCUCAGAACUAAAGUAUUCAGAUGACUUCACCAGCCCUUGCUAUUCUGAAGAUUUCCAUACCAUUGAGGAUACCAGCAGAAGUUUGAUAAGUUUAAAGGCUCAUGAUAGCAGUUCAAAGGCAGGGAAUCCAAAACAUGAUUCAUAUACAAGUAAGUCCAUAAGGAAAAACAGCAGUGAAAAGAGUUCCAUUCUUAGCCCACCUUUUUCUGCUGGAUCUCCAGUACUCUCACAAAGAAGAUCUCAUACUUCAAAGAAUAAGGACAGACGUUUGGAGGAAACAUCUAGUAUCUCUACUGGUGAUUUAUCUUCAUCACAUUCGACUGAGGAAAAAGGAGACCAGAUGGACCAAAAUAGUAUGCAUAAUUCUAAGGUAAUAAAGACAGGUCAAGCUGUCACUGUUAAAACAGGAACUAGUUGGAAGUCUUUAGAGAGAAGCCAGUCACCACGGACAUCUCAGUUGAGUUCCUACUUUCCAUCUAAUUUGUCAGAACUAGAACUCAAGGUCCUGGAUAGCAGUACAUCAAAUCACUUUGGAGAAGAUGAUGAUGAUAUUGGAUCACUAAGUUUUUCCAAGCAAUGCAAAGAUAUCUGUGAGUUAGUAAUAAACAAACUUCCAGGAUAUACGGUGUGAAAAUAGUGCUUUUAAAAACGUUUUUACAAUGUAUAUGUACAGUUAGUAAAAAAAUUUUAAUAACUUUUAGUACAUGAUGUAAACAAUUCUAAGAAAUGUAAGUUUGUUGUUCCUUUAAUGUUGAAAUAGUAUUCUGUUAAAUCUGAUCAUAUUGAUCAUGAAGUCAUCUUAUAAAUUAGGUAAGUUAUUUUUUAAGUUGUUUGAGAAUAAAAGUAUACCUUUCUAAA